AUGGGAGUUCGAUCUAGACCGUUCAGGGUCGUCGUACUUGGACAAAACGGUGUCGGCAAGUCAGCUUUUAUUGUUCGCUAUUUAACGCGAAGAUUCAUAGGCGAAUAUGAUCCGAACCUUGAAAAAGUCUACACAAACAGCAGGAAUAUUGAUGGGGAUCUGAUUAUGAUGGAAAUUCUGGAUACUGCACGUCAGGAGGAGUGUCUCAUGUUGGAACAGAAUCUAAAAUGGGCUGAAGCAUACGUCUUAAUGUACGCAGUCACAGAUAGAUGCAGCUUUAACGAAUGCAGUCGACUCAAGUUUCUCAUAAGCAACUACACAAAGAAGCAACGGCGGAGCAGUGUGUCAGUGCCCGAGGGGAACUGCCUACCUGUGGCCCUUGUUGGGAAUCAGACAGAUCGGAUCUAUGACAGAAUGGUCAGCGAAGAAGAGGGACGCUUGAAGGCAGCCGAACUCAGUUGCAUGGGAUUUUACGAGAUGUCCGUUCGAGAGUCGAUCGAUGACGUCGUGGCUGUUUUUGAAAAUCUUUAUUUGUAUUGUAGAAAACCGAAAAAAUUUCGUUCCCGUCAGAAACAGUCGGGCAGUGACCUACCCCCUAUUGUUUCACUGUCCACUGGAGCGCCACCUCCGGGUAUGUCGUUACCCGAUGUCCUUCCACAAACGGAAGUGUUUAAAAGACGUAAACGAGCAUUGCAAACUAUAAGUUAA